AUGGCCGGAGUACCCAGCAUGUUUACCAACUAUAUCGCCUAUUUGGAGUCUAGUGGCCCCCGCAUCGGCCACCUCGACUUUGGAACCUCGAUCAUCACGCCGCUGUCCUUCAAAUCAGGCACACUAUUGACCAAUCUCUAUCAAGUCAUCACAGCUGGUGAAAAGGGAAUCACGGCCUCCGGAUCGCAAGCUUUGCCUCUUUCGAGUGUGAAGCAUCUGCCUCCAAUUUCAGGGCGGGACAUCCUCGCUGUUGGGAAGAACUACGUGGAACAUGCGCGCGAGUUUAACUCCUCUGGCUACGAUGCCAGCGACAAGAUUGACCAGCCGACACACCCCGUAAUUUUCACUAAGCGUGCGACCUCUAUCAUUGGUCCCGGAGACCCUAUUUUGCUCCAUUCAAAUUUCACCAGUACAGUCGACUAUGAGGGGGAGAUCGGCGUCAUCGUUGGCAAGUCGGGCUUCCAGAUUUCGGAGCAGAACGCGUUGGACCACGUUUGGGGUUAUACUAUUGUGAAUGACAUGACUGCACGAGAGCGACAGCGUGACCACAAGCAAUUUUUCCUCGGCAAAUCACCCGAUACUUUCUGCCCGAUGGGCCCUGUCGCUGUGCCUAAGGAAAGCCUUCCAGAGAACCUGACAAUACAGACCUUUGUCAACCAAGAAAAGCGUCAAGAGGCCACUCUCGGUGAAUUGAUCUUCAGCAUACCUAAGCUUAUUGCUACCAUCAGCGCCGGCCAGACAUUACAAGUCGGCGACGUUAUCGCCACUGGUACUCCUGCGGGCGUUGGCUUCGGUUUUAGACCCAUGAAGUUCCUGCAAACCGGAGAUGAGAUCAGCAUAUCUGUGACAGGUCUGGGAACCUUGAAGAAUACGAUUGCUGCUUCUGAUGCGGUCAACACCACCUCCGAGCGCGCUGAAUCUCACAUCCCCGUUGCUAACCAGAAGGCACUCGCCAACUCGGGAUUGACCAACAUCAACGGCAAGAACCUUUUCUACCAACGGCUAGGUGUUGCAGAUGGUCCUCCGGUCUUCUUCAUCCAUGGACUGGGCGGAUCCACCAGUUACUUUUAUCCUCUUGUUGCAAAGCUGCAGCCGACUCAUUCCUUGCAUCUUCUAGAUCUGGAAGGACAUGGCCUCUCCCCAACAUCAGCCCUCAGUACCAUCUCCAUAGCCUCCUUUGCGCAGGAUUUCUACCACAUGUCACAAGUUGCUGGAGUCAACCAAGGCGUUACCGUAAUCGCCCAUUCAAUGGGCUCUCUCGUGGCACUCAAACUUGCUCUGGAAUAUCCAGAACUUGUGUCCAAGCUUAUCCUGAUGGGCCCUCCCCCAAGUCCCCUUCCGGAGGCAGGAAGUCAAGCCUCCUACGCUCGGGCUGCUUUGGUCCGAAAGCAGGGUAUGUUGGGGGUUGUGGAUGCCAUCAUUCAAGCCGGACUCUCAACCUACGUUCAGCAGACUAACACCUUGGCUGUCGCUGCGGUGCGUAUUUCACUUUUGAGUCAGGAUGCUGAAGGAUAUGCGAAGGCUUGCGCGGCACUUGCUGGAUCUGCCAGUGAGACGUUGGACGUCAAGAGCCUCCGUAUUCCUGUUUCCUUUGUUACUGGCGAAGAGGACAAAGUCAGCUCGCCGGCUCUCUGUCAAAAGUACUCAGAGGCUACGGGAGGUGGACAUGUUGAGGUGCUCAGGAAGGUUGGGCAUUGGCAUCUGUUUGAGGAUGUAGAUCAAACUGUAAAGGCGGUUUUGACGCAGAUUUAG